CAACGAAGAAGAAUGAUUUCCGGUAAUGUUAGAGUAUUUCCUGUGGUGGUCGAGAAAAUAAACGACGGGUUUGUUUUGCUAUCUAGAAGUCGAUUUAAUUUUUUGUUAAUAUUUUGAUAUUGUUGAUCGGGCAAUCAUGUCUGGACGGGACGCCCUCAACAUGAAGCAACCGCCGAUCCAGUCCACGGCUGGUGCUGUGCCGAUUCGAAAUGAGAAAGGUGAGAUUUCGAUGGAGAAGGUGAAGGUGAAGCGAUAUGUGUCGGGUAAACGUCCCGACUAUGCUCCCAUGGACUCCUCUGACGAGGAGGAGGAGGACUUCCAGUUUAUAAAAAAGGCUAAGGAUGCCGAGCCUGAGAUGGAAAUGGAGGAAGAGGUGGUGUCUGACCCGCGUCUCAAGCGUCUGCUAAACCGCGUCUCUGAGGAUGCCGAGGAGAGGUUGGCAAGACACAGACAGAUCGCAGAGCCGGAGGUGGUUGCAGAGAGCAGUGAAGACUCCGACGAGGGAACCUGGCACCCAGAGAGAGCACCCGAAGAGAGCAGUGACGAAGAGGAGGAGGAAGAGGAAGAAGUGGAUGAUGAGGAAAUCGAGAGGCGGCGAGCGAUGAUGCGCCAGCGAGCACAGGAGCGGAAGAACGAGGACAUGCCGGAGAUCAUGGAGGUGGAGGAAGAAGGGAAUUCGGGCGCGGAGAAGGAGGAGUCGGAGUCAGAGUACGAGGAGUACACGGACAGUGAAGAUGAGGCCGAGCCGCGGUUAAAACCAGUCUUCAUCCGCAAGAAGGACCGAGUAACAGUGGCGGAGCGCGAGGCGGACGAGCUCAAACAGCGGGAGCUGGAGGCGGAGGCCAAGAAGCAGGUGGAGGAGCGGCGGCGCUACACCCUGAAGAUCGUGGAGGAGGAGGCCAAGAAGGAGUUUGAGGAGAACCGCCGCACUCUGGCUGCUCUCGACUCCCUGGACACGGACGGGGAGAAUGAGGAGGAGGAGUAUGAGGCGUGGAAGGUCCGGGAGCUCAAGCGCAUCAAGAGGGACCGGGAGGCCCGUGAAGCAAUGGAGAAAGAGAAGUCUGAGAUUGAGAGGUUCCACAGCCUCACCGAGGAGGAGCGCAGGGCCGAGCUGCGGAAUAAUGGCAAACAGAUCACAAACAAGGCCUCUAAGGGCAAAUAUAAGUUCCUCCAGAAGUACUACCACAGAGGAGCCUUCUUCAUGGACGAAGAGGAGAAUGUGUUCAAGAGAGACUUCAGUGCCCCCACUCUGGAGGACCACUUCAACAAAACCAUCCUCCCCAAAGUCAUGCAGGUCAAGAACUUUGGUCGCUCCGGACGCACUAAGUACACCCACCUGGUGGAUCAGGACACCACAUCGUUUGACUCAGCCUGGGCUCAGGAGAGCGCUCAGAACAGCAAGUUCUUUAAGCAGAAGGCUGCAGGAGUGAGAGAUGUGUUUGACCGACCAACAGUGCAAAAGAGGAAGACCUGAAUCUAAGUUGAGGGGGAAGAGAGACACACUUGGUGUGUUCAGUGGGAUGAAAUGUUUCAGAAUGUUGCAGAUGGAAAUAGAAUAUACUUCAGUGAAGUGUAGUUCAUGGCCAUACAUUUACCUGCAAUAUCCUGAAUGCACCAACCCUUUGAGCAAGGCCCUGGGUUUAGGGCUAUGCCCCGAUAAUGUGUAGAUGCUUCAUGGAGGCAUAUUGAUGUAAUUUUGUACAUUUUCAAAGUUGUGUAGCUAUUUUGUUUUAUCGCCAUUGAUCUGACAUCUGUUAAUUUCUAACUUGGAUAUAAAGCGUACGUGAUUAAAACAUAACAUUUUCAUCCA